ACUACUUGUUGCACAUUUCACGGAGUCAUCAAGAUGCAGCUGCGCUACGCUUACGGGAUCUUCUUGUCAUGGGUUCUCUCGUGCAUGGUUAACAGAGGUGUCUCUUCUCGGUUGUACUUGAAGAAAGUGGUCAAAGAAUACAUUGAUAAAAUGAAUCUAACACACCAUGGUAGUGUUUCCACCUGGGGCUUCACAGAAGAAUACGCCUACUGGCGCCAACAGCCUCCCCCGAAAGAACACCCAGUGACUGCUGAGGUAGACUGGAUGAGCUAUGAUCGAUGCAAUCCACCCGGGCUCCAAGAAUCACGGCGAACUAAUUGCACUGGAUUUUUUAUGUGGUCCGCUUAUGAAGGUGUAGAUUGUCCUUUCAGCCUCAAGCACUACACUACGCUUCCGGUCUGCUACAGAGGGCUAGAUGACAAGUUGUUCACGCUCGAACUAAAUGGUCUCAUCACCAAGAACCUGAACAACGUCGUCCGGCAGAUUGAGGACCUCAAGAACGUGAACACUGCACUUGACCUUUGGCCGAUUGCUGGUUACACGAUCUCGAAGAAGGCGCAGCUGUGGAACCCAGAGCGACUAUGA